AUAAAGUAAGUCACCAUGCCAAGCAUUCACCCCACUUUCACCGAGGCUAAGGCGCUCCAUGCGACACACGCGACUGACAAAGACUUGCUGCCCAUCUACCUGGACUUGACAGCAGACUUAGACACCCCAGUGAGCGUCUACUUGAAGCUGCGCCAGCAACAAACUGGUGUCGUGAAGCAGUCCUUCCUGCUCGAGUCCAUCUUGCCAGGCGAAAACAUUGCUCGGUAUUCGUUGAUCGGCACGGACCCAUUGAAGACGUUGGAAUCUGGUCCCAACUGCGCGUUCAAGGGUGAUCCACUCGCUCAACUGGAGAAGGAGAUGAAGACGUUUCGUGUGGUGAAUCUUCCCGAACUAAAUGUGCCCAUGACAGGAGGCGCCGUGGGGUAUUGCAGCUUCGACGCAGUGCGCCACUUUGAGCCGACGGUCGGUCCGUUUGUCGACAAGCAGACCGACAUUUUUGGCAUCCCCGAAAGCAUGUACAUGCUGUUCAACACGAUCGUCGUGUUUGACCACGUUUUUCACUCGCUCAAAGUGGUGACCCACGUCAACAUCCAUGGCGAUUUUGAGUCGGAGUACCAUGCCGCCACGGAGCGCAUCUUCGCCAUCCAGAGGCACCUUGAUGCACCACUGGCUCACUCCAGCAGCAGUGCCCACGUAAACGACAAGGCAGCGCUGACGGAAGUGGACUACGAGGCCAUUUCGAACGUUGGUCGCGACAACUACAUGAACUUCGUCACGACAUUGAAGGAACACAUCGUCGACGGCGACAUCUUUCAAGCAGUGCCGUCACACCGCCUCAACAUCCCGCUGCCGGACACCGUGACAAGCUUCGACCUGUAUCGCCAAAUGCGCGUGAUCAACCCAUCGCCUUACAUGUUUUAUUUGGAUUUUGGCGACGGCCUCGAGGUGGUUGGUGCGUCCCCGGAAAUGCUGGUCAAAGUGAGCCAAGAGCGCAUCGUGGAGACUCACCCAAUUGCUGGCACACGCCGCCGCGGACUUACUGCGGCCGACGACGACGCGCUCGCAGAAGAACUGCUCGCAGAUGAAAAGGAACGUGCGGAGCACAUCAUGCUGGUCGACUUGGGCCGAAACGAUGUCGGACGCGUGGCAGUACCUGGGUCUGUGCGAGUGGAAGCACUCAUGAAGAUCGAAAAGUACUCGCACGUGAUGCACAUUGUGUCGGUGGUGAAAGGCGACUUGCGCGAAGACAAAACUAUCUACGACGCCUACCGUGCGAUCUUUCCGGCUGGAACUCUCACGGGGGCCCCAAAGGUCAAGGCGAUGCAGCUCAUUUGUGGCCUCGAAAAAGAGCGACGCGGAAUCUAUGGCGGGUCGGUCGGGUACGUCGGGUUCAACGGGGUGCUGGACACGGCGAUUGCUAUUCGAACAAUUGUUGUCCACAACAACCGCGUGUACUGCCAAGCCGGCGCUGGGAUUGUGUACGACUCGGACCCUGCGGCCGAGUACCACGAAACCAUCAUUAAGCUCGGGUCGGCGGUUCGCACGGUCGAGAAAUGCGUGCACCACAAGGAAUCGAACCCGUAGAUCGGUAUCAGAGUACCUCCGCAGGUGCUGUUGUGACAAAGUCUAACGACAACGAUAUUUCACGUUGUGCUAAGCGAUGAUGUUCAGUGAA